UGCGUAGUUCACUGGCGGUGUGUGAACUUUUCGGAAUCACCGGAACUGUUUUCCACACAGUUUUACGUGUGAUUUGAAGCGAUACGGAUGCGCCAAGGUAUUUUGGGAGCCGCUGGAAGUUUUUGGCCACAGCGACAAUGUUGGUACUAAAGUACCUUUCUUCGUUCUACAACUACGUAAACUAUGAAGUUGCCGAUCAUCGUGUCAGCAAUUGGUUCCUCAUGGAAACACCAUGGCCUGGAUUGGCGAUUCUGGGUUUCUAUCUAAUGUUCGUGCUGAAGUGGGGUCCCAAGUGGAUGGAAAACCGGAAACCCAUCAAACUUGAUAACAUUAUCAAAGUGUACAAUUUAGUGCAAGUGUUUAUUUGCCUUUUUCUGUUCGUAGAGGGAUGGCGGUUAGGGUAUUUGCGAGGAUACAGUUUUCUCUGCCAGCCAGUGGACUAUUCGGACAAUGAAGCGGCCAUCGCGAUCGCCCGUCGUAUUCACAUUUACUUCCUCGUGAAGGUGAUGGACCUUCUGGAUACGGUGUUCUUCGUCCUUCGCAAGAAGCAGAAUCAGGUUAGCUUUCUUCACGUGUAUCAUCACACCGGAAUGGUGAUGCUGUCUUGGAGUGGAGUCAAGUGGAUGGCAGGUGGCCACGGUGUGUUCAUGGGAUUCCUGAACAGUUUCGUACACGUAGUUAUGUAUUACUAUUACUUCCUGACCUCGGUUAGUCCCAAGUACAAGGGCAACGUCUGGUGGAAAAAACACAUCACACAAUUGCAAAUCAUUCAAUUCGGGCUUAUCUUCCUGCAGUGGUUUGUGCUCGUGUUUCAACCAAAUUGUGCCUACCCCCGGUGGCCACUGUUUGUCCUGUUGCCCCAGAACCUGUUCAUGUUUGCGCUGUUUCUUGAUUUCUACUAUCAAGCGUACAUCAGAAAGAAACCAACGGAAAAGGUCGAAGUGCAACAAGAACCGUUCCGGAAUGGUUCAUUCACUACCCGAGAACAUUCCGUAUUGAACAAAUCGAUGAUUGAUUAGCAAUUCUAUCCGGUUUGUCUUCAGUAGCUAGCCAUCCGAACACCAAAUUGGGCUAAGUCUGAAUAGAGUUUAAUGUAGCGUUAUUUUACAUAAAUACCACUAUUUUCUAAAUGUU